UAGUCUUCUUGGUCUCAAAAGAGUUCGAGGCAGGCUAGGCUACGCCUGUGUCCCCCCACUCAGAUACAUACCUCAUACCUCGCCCUCCUGUUUAGGUUUCCAUCAGCUAUUGCUAUUGUUCAUAGCCCAUCAAUCUCUGGAGUUACUAUUGGUUGCAACAAUGGAUCUAGGAAAAAGGCCAGGAAACCUUCUUACUGCGUCAAACAGUAAGCUUUACAUGGAUCUUAAGGAUAUUGUUAAAGAACAAGCCCUUCCAUUCCUUCCUGCUAAAUCACUGUUCAGAUUCCUGGCUGUUUGUCGAGACUGGAAGCACCAGAUUUCAGCACCAUUCUUCCACCAUAAUCAAUCACUUUGUUUCCGUGGCACAUCAGGCCUUUUUUGUCAGACUCCUCAAAAUGCUCCUGUCUUCAUACCAAUUCAUCCAAAAUCUUGUGGUGUACCAGAUCCAUCUUUGAGUUUUAUGCCAGAGCCUGUUGUCAUUAGGGCCUCAUCAAAUGGACUGUUGUGUUGCCAAGGACGAGAUGAAGACAGGUACUACUAUUUGUGCAAUCCAGUUACAAAACAAUUUAAAAAACUUCCAAAACCUACUGCUUGUCAUGGAUCUGAGCCAGCACUUGUGGUGAUAUUUGAACCGUCACUGCUCAACUUUGUACCUGAGUACAAACUCAUUUGUGCCUUCCAAUCUGCUGAUUUUGAUGAUGCAACUGAAUUUGAAAUAUACACCUCCAAAAAUAAUACUUGGAAUGUUUCUGGGGAGCUUUGUUUUGGAGCUAAAAAAGUUUCUCCGAGGUCUGGUGUUCAUGUCAAUGGUGUUGUUUUCUGGACUCUGGCGAGUGGUGGUAUUCUUUGUUUUGAUCUAAGAAAGGAUAGAUCACAACUUCUGGGGAGCUAUUAUUAUGCCAGGAACUGUGUACUGGGUACAUUUGGUGGAAGGCUUUGUAAGGUUUCUAUCACUAACCAUUCUGCGAUGCUCAGCGUCUUGGAUAAUAUCCACUCAAAUACAAUGGAAAUACAUUCCAGAUCAAAAAUGUGGGACAAUCCACGCUCUGUUUUUCUCGACACUGAUGUGUUGAAGUUUGAUGCUAAUGGCACCAAAGUUGUUUCCAUAAGCGGUGAUAUUCUAGUGGUUAAGAGCGGGAACAAAUUAUACUCCUAUGAUUUUAAAUCCAAAGAAACUAAAGCACUGAGCCAGCCAGCUGAAUUGAAUGAUGCGACGAUAUGUGUGCCCUAUGGGAGUAGCCUUGUUUCACUUUGAGCUUGCCCGCCCUCUAUUUAUCUCAUGCACUUUCAUAAACUCUCAAGGUCCUAGUUUGAACAAUUACCAAUUUAGUUAAGGUAUUGAUGUCAUGUACUUUCAUAAACUCUCAAGGUUCUAGUUAAGGGAAUAAUGUGUGAUGUUUUUCUAUCAUUUGGGGAUGAUAUUUUUUCUUUUAUACUCCGUAUUUGAAUUGUGGAAUGUGUUUCCAUUUGUGGCAUCUUUAGUUCUUGGGUAUUUCUAAAUGAUGAGGAUGUUUAUAUUGCUUUGUCUUUUGA